AAAAAAAGGAAAGGGUAAAAAGGGCAAAAAGAAAAAAGUUAUCCCUCCGGAACCAGUUUAUAUGGAAGUCCGGAAAAUUGUGCCAAGAUACUAUAAAACCCCAAUUUUGCACGCCAGUUUUGGUACUUUGGAAUGUAUGGAAGACGACAUAAGAUAUAUAUAUCUACUUCGCAGAGAAGUGGGGUCUAUACCAUUUUAUGAAGACCGAAACGAGUGCUUUGCCAUGAUGCCUGGUCACUUCAUAUAUGGAACUGUAAUGGAACCAUUGCUUGAUUCUCUCAAAAGACAUCUUCAGCUUUUCCGCAAAGCCUUGGAAUUUCAAUUUCUCGAACCUACUUCAACUCAAGGUCCUGGUAGUAAAACAGAAAAGCCCAUCACUGACGAUAUUGGAGUUGAAGAGGAGCCAAAGGAUAUACAGCCCGGUUUACUAGAACUAUCUAAACCUUCUGAGUUCGUUUUAAAGGCUAUGAGACAAAAGAAGAAAUUGGAUAAAUUGGCUGAACAGCGACGGGCAGAGGAAAAGGCUGCUGCAUUGAAAGCCAAAGCCGAAGAAGGAAGCGAAGAGGAAGAAGUUGUAGAAACGGCUGCGGAUGCAAAAGAUUCAGAUUCAGCGGUAUCCUCAGAAGAAUCAGAGGAACCUGAGGAGAAACUGACUAUAGAUGAACGAUGGGAGCGUUUGCUGCAGAAAGCACAUGAAAAAGUUAAAGAGAUGCGAGAUGAGAGAAAAAUUCCAAUUGAUAAAGUGCCACCUCAUCAGGAAGCAUUGUUAUCAGAGAUGAAAGUAUUCGAAGAUCAAGUUGAUUUCAUUAAGGAUCAUAUAAGUUUAGCAUUUGAGUUGCCCACAUCAUUUAUUGCACCAGGACAAGAACACAUUGAGUUCGAAGGAAAAAAGAAGAGAAUUUUUCUUGAUCCCAAAAAGCCUGCUUUAAUAGAUAACUAUGAUUCUAUACAAUUACAAGAAGUUCUAGCCAAUUGGUUGGUUUUCUGUGAGGCAAAACGAAAGGAAUUACAGGCAUUGCAAUUAGCAGAAUUCACUCCACUGGCUGAGUACGACUUGUGGCACACACGAGAAAUUGAACUCUACAGUGUAUUGGAGCAGUUAAAAUCCAAAUUCGUUACUGCUGUAAUAGUGAGAUUACGAGAGGUCAAUUGUCCGUUGUUAAAAGAUUUCGCGGAACUUAAAGCGAAGUUAAAAGUAGACUAUGGGCAAGCUAAGGAGAACUGCGAUUAUGUUGGCACAAUUACUGACUAUAUAGAGAAAAUAAAUAAUCAAGACAAUUUCAAGUUGUUUCAUCUGCUUAUUGGAAACAUAAUGGUUGGAUUAAGACACAUAUGGACCAUGUCUUCAUAUUAUUCACUUGAUCCUGAAAUGGAAAAGCUUUUGGCACAAAUAUCCAAUGUUUUUGCUAUAAAAGUGAAACAAUACAUAACAUUUGAUACUCUCUUCAAAAACAAUGCAAAGGUAACACAUGAAAUUGCUGCCAACUGUUCAGAGUUUCUACGUAGCUGGAAAGAAGGGUACUUGGAUGCACGUGCAAUUAUAGAACAAUCUGGAGUAGGCUCACGUUGGGAAUUCGAUCGUACUAUAUUAUUUCGAGAAGUUGAUCAUCUCAGUCGUAUUAGUAAUGACAUAGCAAGAAUAGCUCUUACUUUUGUACAAUUCGAAAAUCUUUUUGGUUGUCGACUUAAAUCAAUUAUAACAGAUCCAACCAUUGUUGACGAUUUAAUGGUAAAAGUCUAUCGUUUACUUGAUAAUUUCAUCAAAAGUAUAGAUUACGAUAUAUUUCUGCCUGGAAAUUGGGAAGAUUGGGAAUAUUCAAUGGAAAUCUUUCAAACUCAAUUGGACCAGGUUGAAAGUGAUGCUAAACUAGUAAUUGAUAAGAGCAUUAAUACGUUAAGGCAAUCAGAUUUGGGUUUAGAAUUGAUUUGUGACGUAGAAUCACUACACACAUAUCCGCCAUUAGCAGAAUUUGUAAGUCAAAAACAUGAAAAUGUGCUUCGCUUUUUCCUUUCGGAAAUAAAUUUAAUAUCAUAUGAAUAUAUGAAUAAUAAAAAAGUACCACCGAUUGGAAAACAUCAACCAAUGAAAAUUGGUGCAAUCUUAUGGACUCGUCUAUUGAGUGAAAAGUUAAGAGAAUCCGUUUUGGCAUUUAGAAAGGAAGAAAAUAAUCCUAUUAUGGUUAACAGCUACGUUAAACGCAAUGCUUUUAAGCAAUACUAUGAGCUCAUCAAUAAAAUGUAUACUUUUCAAACUGAUCUCUAUGAUGGCUUUAAGGCAAGGGCAAUGUAUCUCAUUAAUGCAGUAAUGCGUAAAAAUAUUAUUGGUAUUGAAAUUGUUAAUAAAGAUACAAUCACCUAUAUAACGGAGUCAAUAGAGACUCUUCGUGCUAAACAAACCAUAUUUCCGGGACAGGAUGAAGGUGACCAGGGUGUAGGUGAACAUGGCGUGCAACGUAUGCGAAGAGUUACGAGACUAGUUGUGACAGCAACGUUAAUACUAUGGAUGGUUAAUAGAACUCCACAAGGCAACGUACAGAUACAAAAAGCACAUACAUUUGUAAAAGCAAUGCAAAAAAGAAAACGUAAAAAAAUUACAGAAAAAGACAAAAUUUGUCUUACACAAUGCCAUUUGCUAAUAGACGCGGAUGCGCAAGUUGGACUGCCCACCUGGCGCACACUAAUAGGUGAUCGUGUCUUGAUGGAGCAUGAAAUGCGCUUCAUAGUUAAUAUGAAUAAAGAUAUAUUCGAAGUUAUGUUUGAAGGACAAAAAUUUGAAAACCUCGGUUAUUCAUUGCCUGCUGUGUUACGAACAGCUAUUAUGCGUAAGGGUUUAUUUUUUGAGGACUAUGAAGCAGUUGUAUUUAUUAUAGACAAAUACAACCGUCUUAUAGAUAAACUUACUUUGUCAGAGGUGGAUUUCUUACGGGAUCAUAUCUAUGACACUGAAGUCAUCAUACAAGCGGGCUUAGGUCGCUAUACGUGGCAGUCUUUUAAUAUACAAAAACUAUGUGAGAAUAUUAAUACAAUGGUGCGCAAACUCACAUCGAUUGUAUCACAAAUAGAUUAUAUACGUCGUGAUAUACAAUACCGCAUACAACAAAUUGAAGAUACAAAUCUCUUUGAUUUGGACGAUGAUAUGAUAGGUGAAGAUUCGGAUGAUGAAGUUGAAGUAGUACACAGUGAUAGUAGUCUUCAGGGCUACAGAUAUUCACAAAUGUUUCCCAAAUCUGAUAUUGUAAUCAUACGAAUUGAAGAAGAUAAAAAACGUAUUAUACGCAUUGAAGGAGACUGUGGCGUUAAAGCCUAUUACGCUAGAAAAUUUUUACCAAGCUUGUAUUUGAUGCGAAACAGAAAAUGUACAUAUAUGAAGAAACUGUACGAUUCGUUAGGUCCAGUACUGAUCAAAUUGGAAAGUUUAGUGCUUGGUACCUUUACAGGACGAACGGAAAAAAUGCGCAAUUACUAUGUACAGUGGGAAACAGAAACAUACAAAGCUAUGAUAAGGAAUGUUUAUAAGAAUUUGAAUUGCUACAUUGAUCGUCUGACUGGUAAUGAACCUAUGUUCGAAGUUAAGGCUAAUCUUGUUCAUUCUGAUGUUGGAUUUGAGCCUUCUGCAAUCGAUAUCAAAAAUAUGAUAGUUCAAGCGACAAGAGAUUAUUUAGAACGUCUAAAAUUGUUCACACGUUGGAAAAAAGGAACUUGUAUUGUAUGUAAUCCAAUCAUUGAAAGAGGCGGAUAUACUUACAACUUUACUAUAUAUGAAGAUAUCAUGCAAAAUGAAGACAUAUAUAAACUAGUAGGACAAACUGAAAAAAUCGCUGCUAAGGUAAUGGAAGAAGUAAAUCGAGAAAUAUUUAAGUUUAGAAAAUAUAAAGACUUGUGGCUCUUGGACAAGAAAUCAGUUUGUGAAACAUAUGUCAGUGAAAAUAAGCCAUUAAUGGAAAUCGAUGAACAAUUUGCAUUUUAUGAGAGUAUAAUUGAAGAAUUGAAAAAUGUUGCACAAUAUGUAGAGUUGCGUUGCUUACGUAUAAAUCUGAAGCCAUUGAUAAUAAACAUUUGCUCACAUGCGGAUAUGUGGCGUACCAAGUUAGGAGAGGCAUUAGCAGUCAAGGCAUCCAUCAGUAUGGAUAUUAUACGUAAAGAACUUAGCAGUUUGAGAUAUCAUGCUAAUAUGCCUACUAAAAAUCUGGAUGAUUUCAAAAAAAUUAUGCAAACUGUGGCUACCAUUCAAGCGAAAACAUUGUCGUAUGAGCUAAACAUACACGAAGUGCAGGAAACAUUUACUGUGCUCAGUGAACAUAGAAUACCGUACAAUUAUGAGGAAAUGUUGAUGUCUUUUCAGUUGGAAAAACGGUGGGAUCGUAUCUACUGUGAGGCCCUGCACAGAUACGAGAAAUUGCAGCCAAUUAAGCAAAAAUUCGCGGAUAUGACUUCAGUCGAAAUAUCACACUUCCAGAAUGAGUUGGAUACAUUUAUUAAAGACUUUGAUGAGAAUGGCCCUGGUGCUGUUGGGUCCGAUUUGGAUAAAGGUGUUCGACUUAUGGAACCGUAUGGGACUAAAAUUAAUGAAUAUGAAGAACGUAGAUCUGAAUUAGCUAAUGCUGAAAGAUUAUUUGAUAUGCCUAUGGCGGAUUAUAAUGAAUUUGUAAGAGUUAAGUUUGAAUAUGAUGGCAUGCAUUUGCUUUACAAAUUAUACAAAAGUCAAAGGCUGGCACGUGAUGGUUGGUCAAAGACACUAUGGGUCAAUUUAGAUCCGCUUGUAUUGACUGAAGGCAUUGAAAGUUACUUGAAGGAAUUUCGUAAACUUCCUAAGGCGAUCCGUUUAUUACCGGUUGGUAUUGCAGUGGAGAAUAACAUGAAACAGUUUAAGGGUACUAUACCCCUCAUGUUAAGUCUUAAGAACGAAGCAUUGCGAGAUCGCCAUUGGAGACAGCUAAUGGAGAAAACAGAUCAAUACUUCGAUAUGAAUCCAGAUCGUUUUACACUUGAAAAUAUGUUUGCUAUGCAAUUGCAUAAUUAUCAGGAUAUUGCGGAACAAAUCUUAAACAAUGCCAUCAAAGAAUUGUCUAUUGAAAAAGGCGUCAGAACUGUGGAAGAUACAUGGGCUACAAUGGCAUUCAAAGUAUUCAAGCAUAUAAAAGGAAAUGUCGAACGUGGUUUCAUACUUGGUCCAGUUGACGAAAUAUUAGUUGCACUCGAGGAUAACGCAAUGAACCUACAGUCUAUGGCCGCUUCGCAAUUUAUUGGUCCAUUUUUGGAGACUGUAAAUAAAUGGGAACGUGCAUUGGCAUUGGUAUCUGAAAUCAUAGACGAAUGGCUUGUUGUGCAACGCAAAUGGAUGUACUUGGAGGGCAUAUUCAUUGGCGGUGACAUACGAGCACAGCUACCUGAUGAAGCAAAAAAAUUUGAUGAUAUUGACAGAGCAUACCGCAGGAUUAUGGUGGAUUGUUUUAAAAAUCCACUUGUUGUACCAUUCUGCACAGUACCGGGUCGUUUGCCAGAAAUACAAGGACUGGGUUUGGGUUUGGAAAACUGCCAAAAAUCAUUAAAUGAUUACUUAGAAUCCAAGCGACGCAUAUUUCCACGAUUCUACUUCAUAUCGACCGAUGAACUACUGUCUAUACUGGGAAGUAGCGAGGUCACAGCUGUGCAGAAUCACAUAAUAAAGAUGUACGACAAUAUAAAAUCACUGCGCUUUGCCAAGGACACGCACAAUGUGAACAUCGUCACCGCCAUGAUAUCCAGUGAAGGCGAAGUUAUGGAGUUUCGUUACAGCGCGCGAGCUGUGGGCCGUGUUGAAAACUGGAUGUGCGAUGUGCUCGAUGAGAUGCGGCGCUCGAAUAGAUACAUUUCCAAGAAAGCCAUCUACGACUUUGGAACUGAUCUAAAUAUAGCAAGAGCGGAUUGGCUUAUGAACUAUCAGGGCAUGGUCGGUUUGGCUGGGAGUCAAGUGUGGUGGACGGCAGAGGUUGAGGAAGCAUUCGACCAAGCACAGAAUCAUGGAAAUAUGCGUGCAAUGAAAGACUUUCUAGAGAAGCAGAAUUUUCAAAUAGAGGAGCUGGUAUUGAAAGUGCGUUCGAAUCUUACACGUAACGACCGUCUUAAGUUCAAAACUGUCACCACAGUUGAUGUUCAUGCUCGCGAUAUUAUUGAGCAAUUCGUGCGUGAUAAUAUACUUGAUGCCUCCGAAUUCAGUUGGGAAAGUCAAUUGCGUUUUUAUUGGUUAAAGUCUCUUGACAAUUUAUAUGUGAUACAAUGUUCUGGUCAAUUCGAAUAUGGUUACGAAUAUAUGGGCUUAAAUGGACGUCUAGUUAUAACACCUCUAACUGAUCGCAUUUAUUUAACUAUUACCCAAGCGUUGAUUAUGAAUUUAGGUGGUGCACCGGCUGGUCCCGCUGGUACUGGUAAAACUGAAACCACUAAGGAUUUGGCUAAAGCAAUGGCUUUACUGUGCGUUGUCACCAAUUGCGGUGAGGGCAUGGACUUCCGCGCUGUUGGUACCAUAUUCUCUGGCUUGAUUCAGUGCGGCGCAUGGGGCUGUUUCGAUGAGUUCAACCGAAUUGAUAUAUCAGUACUUAGUGUCAUUUCCACUCAGCUACAAACUAUACGCAGUGCAUUGGUUCGCAAAUUGGAACGAUUUGUUUUUGAAGGUGCAGAAAUUAAACUUGAUCGAAAAGUUGGCAUAUUUGUUACAAUGAAUCCCGGCUACGCUGGCAGAACUGAGUUGCCAGAAUCCGUUAAAGCACUUUUCCGUCCAGUAACUUGUAUUAAGCCGGAUUUGGAAUUGAUUUGCUUAAUAUCACUUUUUUCUGAUGGUUUUCUAACAGCAAAAGUUUUGGCUAAGAAAAUGACUGUGCUCUAUAAGCUGGCUGAGGAGCAAUUAUCCAAACAGUGCCAUUAUGAUUGGGGCUUACGUUCAUUAAACUCUGUACUACGUAUGGCGGGUGUGAUGAAACGUAAAUCGGAAGAGUUGCCCGAAGCUGUUGUACUUAUGCGUGUACUGCGUGAUAUGAACUUUCCCAAAUUUGUGUUUGAAGAUGUGCCAUUGUUUUUGGGUCUCAUUCGAGAUUUAUUCCCUGGUAUUGAUUGCCCCCGGAUUGGAUAUCCUGAUUUUAAUGCAGCAGUGAGACAUGUUCUAUCUACCGAUGGUUAUAUACUACUAGCUGAUCAGGAGGACAAAGUGGUACAAAUGUACGAAACCAUGAUGACCCGACACUCGACCAUGAUUGUUGGACCAACAGGUGGUGGCAAGACUGUCGUUAUAAAUACACUAAUUAAAGCGCAAACUCAUAUGGGCCUGCCUACCAAGUGUACCACACUUAACCCUAAGGCCACUUCUGUCAUAGAACUUUACGGCUACUUGGAUAUAGAGACAAGAGAUUGGAUUGAUGGCUUGUUUUCUAAUAUAUUUCGUGAAAUGAAUAGACCGACGGAAAGAGAGGAAAGGCGAUACGCUUGCUUUGAUGGUGACGUUGAUGCACUUUGGAUUGAGAACAUGAACUCCGUUAUGGAUGAUAAUAAGCUGUUGACAUUAGCGAACGGUGAACGCAUUAGAUUAGAAAAUUAUUGUGCGCUGCUGUUUGAGGUUGGCAACUUAUGGUAUGCAUCUCCAGCCACAGUUUCGCGUGCUGGUAUGGUUUUUGUUGACCCUAAAAAUCUACGCUAUAAUCCUUAUUGGCAACGUUGGGUGCUAACACGUCCAGAGAAUGAAAGAGAAGUGCUACAGGACUUUUAUGAGAAAGUCAUAACUCAAGCCAUAGCCUUUAUAUUGGAAGGCAUUGAUGGCACAUCUCAAGGCAAUCCAUUAAAACUAGUUAUAAUGCAAACUGAUUUAAAUAUGGUUGUUCAGUUUUGUAAUAUGUUUGAUGCACUUUUGCCAAUGUAUAAAUCAACUGGAGAUGAUAUGGGCGAAGCCGUGCCCGCAAUAGUAUAUACACAAGACACUAUUGAAUGUAUUUUCUUGCAGUGUGUAUAUGCGUCACUCGGUGCUUGCUUAAUAGAACAAGACCAAGCCGUUUUUGAUGAAUUCAUAAAGCGCAUUGCAGGAUUUCCUACAAUUACAGACACUCAAGAGAAACCAGCUCAAGCGAGUCAAUUACCAUCAUCUAGAAGCUUGUAUGAAUAUUACUAUGAUAUUGAGAAGGAAUGUUGGAUAGCUUGGGAAUGGGUGGUACACGCAUACACACACGACCCAAACAUGAAAUUCAGUGAAAUAUUAGUUCCAACUGUUGACAGUACGAGAACCGAUAAAUUGCUAUCGCUUAUGUGUGAGAUCAAAAGGCCUGUGCUACUGGUUGGCGAAGCUGGCACUGCGAAAACAGCAACUAUUUCACAAUAUUUGCGAAAUCUAAAUCAAAUCGUCAAUAUCAUAUUGAAUAUUAAUUUCUCAUCGAGAACCUCAUCAAUGGAUGUUCAACGCACGCUUGAGGCUGCUGUUGAAAAGCGCACAAAGGAUACAUUUGGUCCUCCAAUAGGAAAGAAAAUUGCUUGCUUUAUUGACGAUAUGAAUAUGCCUCAAGUCGAUGACUACGGUACUCAGCAGCCAAUCGCUUUGCUGAAACUCUUCUUUGAACGAGGUGGAAUGUACGACCGCGAUAAGGAUCUUAAUUGGAAAAAAUUCAAGGACAUGACUUUCUACGCUGCGAUGGGCUGUGCUGGUGGUGGACGUAAUGAAGUCGAUCCCAGAUUCAUAUCAAUGUUUUCUGUUUACAAUAUUGUGUUUCCAAGCGAUGAAUCCUUAUUGCAGAUUUAUGAUUCGAUUUUCAAGGGACAUUUAAUGUACAGCGGCGGAUUCGAUAACAAGAUCUUCUUCUUGUCCGAAAUUAUUGUGGAUAUGACGCUGCAAUUGUUCAAGAUACUCGUUGUUGAGUUACCACCCACUCCGUCGAAAUUUCAUUACAUAUUUAAUUUGAAGGAUCUAUCCAGAAUAUUUGCAGGGAUGCUAUUAAUUCGUUCCAAGUACUUUAACAAAGCACGAGAUCUAAUACGUGUCUGGCGUAAUGAAUUUACAAGAAUUAUUUGCGAUCGAUUAAUUUCAAACACCGAUAUCCAACUAAUGAGAAAACAUAUUGAAAAUCAGAUACUAGAGCAUUUCACGCCAACAUUCGAAGAAGAUAAUGGGUUCAUAGAUCCGGAGGAGGCUGCUGCAGUUUUAGCAGAAGAAGAUCAAUACAAUCAAGGCGAAGAAAUGGAGGCUCCACCCACUAUGACAGAAUAUAUUUUACGUGAUCCACUUCUAUAUGGGGAUUAUCGUAAUGCUGUAAAUGAAGCAGAACCACGAUUUUAUGAAGACCUACUGGAUUUCAGUGCAAUUUAUGCUUUAUUUACUGAAAUACUUAACGAAUACAUCGAACGCAAAGGUAAAAUUAGUAUGGUUCUCUUCGAAGAUUGUUUGGAGCAUUUAACACGUGUGCAUCGCACGCUACGCAUGCAUCGAGGACAUGUUAUGCUAAUCGGUGUUGGCGGCUCCGGAAAGAAAUGUAUCACACGAUUAUCAGCAUUUACUGCAGAAUGUGAGGUCUUUGAAAUAACAAUAUCACGUGGUUAUAAUGAAGCAUCUUUCCGAGAUGAUCUAAAAAGACUUUAUACACUAGCUGGCGUUAAUCGUAAAAAGACAGUUUUUCUUUUUACAGCUUCUCAGAUUGUCGAAGAAGGUUUUCUGGAACUCAUCAAUAACAUUUUAACCGUUGGCCUCGUACCAGCGCUAUUUCAGGAUGAUGAAAAGGAUGCCGUCGUUUCAGCUUGUCGAACGGCAGCAGAACAAGAAGGAUAUUCUGCAUCUAAGGACUCGGUGUGGGCAUAUUUCUUGCGUAAAAGCAUGGAGAAUAUGCAUGUUGUUAUGAGUAUGUCUCCUUCUGGAGACGCUUUAAGAAAUCGCUGUCGCAGCUUUCCAGGUCUAAUUGGCAGCACAUAUAUUGACUGGGUAUUCCCAUGGCCUAAGCAAGCUUUAUCAGCAGUAGCUGAACUGUUUUUGACAGAACAUCCUUUGAUUCCUGAAAAACAUCGCGGUGAUAUAAUGGAACACGUUGUACAUGUACACAGUUCGAUGCAUUUUUAUUCAAAGGAUUUCUUGCAAAAACUGCGACGUAACAAUUAUGUAACACCAAAACAUUAUCUGGACUACUUAAACACAUACCUUAGGCUGCUAGAGGAGAAAAAUGAGUUCAUAACAAAUCAACGUGAUCGGCUAAAUGAAGGUAUAAAGAAAAUUGACGAGGCAGCUGCACAGAUUGAAGAGCUCAGAGCUAUUGUUACGGAACAGAAACGUAACGUUGCGAUUGCUUCAGAAAAAUGCGAAGCUAUGUUAGUAGACAUUGAAGCCGCCACUCAGAUAGCGAAUGUCAAAAAAUCUGAAGCUUCGGAAAAAUCCGUAGAAGUUGAGAUCAAAGGAAAGCAAAUCGCUGUUGAGAAGGAAGAAGCAGAAGAGGUUCUAGCUGAAGCUUUACCUGCUGUAGAAGAAGCACGUAAAGCUCUUGCCGAUCUCGAUAAAGCACAGAUCACUGAAAUUAGAUCAUUUGCCACACCACCACCUCAGGUGCAAAUAGUAUGCGAAUGUGUAGCCAUUUUACGUGGAUAUAAAGAAAUUAACUGGAAAACAGCAAAAGCUAUGAUGUCUGAUGUUAACUUCCUGAAAAGUUUAAUGGAAAUGGAUUGUGAAGCAUUGACAGGUAAGCAAAUUAAUAGUUGUAGGGCACACAUGAAACAAGCCAAUUUGGAUGAGAUGGAAAAGAUAUCAGUUGCCGGUGCUGGUCUAUUGAAAUUCGUUAGAGCUGUGCUUGGCUUCUAUGAAGUAUACAAGGAAGUUAAGCCGAAAAUAGAGCGUGUAGAGUUUUUGGUUGCAGAACAAGAAACUCAAAUCAAACUGCUUAAUCAUCUUAACCAUGAAAUAGCCAAACUAGAAGAGCAGUUAAAUGUACUGAAUGCCCAGUAUGCUGAGUCAAUGAAAGAGAUGAGAUAUCUAACGGAAAUGAUGCAACAAGCCCAACGACGUUUGGAAGCAUCAAAUAAACUUAUCAGUGGCUUGAGUUCCGAAAGAAUUCGUUGGAAUCGGGAUUCCGAAAAUUUUGGAAAACAACUUAUUGCCAUGGUUGGGCAAUGUUUACUGUGUUCUGCUUUUCUGGCUUACACGGCUGCAUUUUCAUGGGAAUUUCGUAAAUCUAUGAUUUUUAACGAUUGGCUAAAAGAUGUUGACAACCGUGCUAUACCUAUUGAUUUACCAUUUCGUAUAGAUUCUAGUUUGACAACUGAUGUAGAAAUAUCUACUUGGACGUCGGAAGGCCUUCCACCUGAUGAAUUAUCAGUACAAAAUGGUAUACUUACGGUAAGGGCAUCUCGAUUUCCACUUUGUAUUGAUCCUCAAUUACAAGCACUGCAAUGGAUACGAAAGCGGGAGGCAAAAAAUAAUUUAAAACCGCUUUCAUUUAAUGACUCCGAUUUUCUGAAGCAUUUAGAAAUGUCAAUAAUGUAUGGCACACCAGUAUUAUUUGAAGAUGUAGAUGACUACAUUGAUCCUGUAAUUGACGACAUACUUCAGAAAAACAUACAACUUAUUAGUGGUCGCAAAUUUGUAAUUUUGGGAGAUAAAGAAGUCGAUUAUGACGAUAAUUUCAGAAUGUAUCUUACAACAAAAUUUGCUAAUCCCAAAUUUGAUCCAGCGGUAUAUGCGAAAGCAAUGGUUAUAAACUACACAGUUACACAGACUGGUUUAGAAGAUCAACUGUUGAGUGUUGUAGUACGUUCUGAAAGACCAGAUCUGGAACAACAACGUGAAACACUCAUUGAAGAAACGAGUCAAAAUAAAAUACUGCUACAAAACUUAGAAGACUCGCUGUUACGUGAAUUGGCUACUUCCACUGGAAAUAUGCUUGAUAAUACUGAAUUGGUUGCUACACUAGAAAAUACCAAAACUAAGGCGGCUGCUGUUACAGAACAACUGCGAUUAUCACAGGAAACAGCACGAGAUAUUGAAAAAUUGCGUGACGGUUAUCGACCAGUAGCUAAACGUGGAGCAGUUCUCUUCUUCACUUUAUCUAAUAUGUCAACGGUUAACUCAAUGUACCAGUAUGCACUUGCAGCUUACUUGGACGUGUUUGGUUACUCAUUGCGUAAAUCAGUACCAGAUACAGUAUUGCUAAAACGAUUGCACAAUAUCAUCAAGACGUUGACGGAAAAUGUUUAUUGCUAUGGUUGUACUGGCAUAUUUGAGAGACACAAACUGCUCUUCUCUUUCCAAAUGGCUACUCAAUUAGCACAAAGUGAUAAUGCUUUACAAACAUCAGAACUUGAUUUCUUUAUCAAAGGUUCUGUCACGCUAACAAAAAGUGAAGUGCCUUGUCCUGUAAAAUGGCUGUUAGAGAAAAAUUGGGAGGAUAUUGUUAAAUUAGCAUUCGAUUUUAAUGAAGUAUUCGGAAACCUACCCGAUCAUAUAAAGAAAUUUCCCGAUCAGUGGAAAGAGUGGUUUGAUGCUGAAAAUCCUGAAGAAAUUCCUUGCCCAGGUGAAUUUAAUAUAAAAUGCAACGAUUUUCAGAAAUUGAUGUUCCUACGCUGUUUCCGAGUUGAUCGUAUUUAUCGUUCAAUAAAUCAAUACAUUAUUGAUAUAAUGGGAGAAUUCUUUGUUACGCCGCCAGUUGUCAGUUUCCAAAAUAUCUUUGAACAAACCAGUUGCUUUAUACCAGUAUGUUUUAUACUAAGUGCUGGUUCUGAUCCUACCAAUGAUUUAAUGAAACUAGCAGAAGUAGUUACUGGCGGACUGGGCAGCUUCAGUCAUAUUUCAUUGGGCCAAGGCCAAGAAAAGGCUGCUAUGGGCUUACUAAAUAAUGCAUUACGUCAAGGAUACUGGCUUAUGUUGCAAAAUGCACAUUUACUUAUCAGUUUUGUGAGGCAAUUAGAAAAAUAUUUGGAAAAAGUUGAAGCUCCGCAUCCUGAUUUUCGUCUAUGGAUUACUACAGAUCCCACACCAACCUUUCCGAUAGGCAUAUUGCAAAAGUCCCUAAAAGUUGUAACGGAACCUCCAAAUGGUCUGAAGCUAAACUUGCGUUCAACGUUCUUUAAAAUAAGGCAGGAUCGCUUGGAGGCAUGUUCGCAUAUAGCGUACAGGCCACUGGUAUAUGUAUUGGCAUUCUUCCAUGCUGUUGUUCAAGAACGUCGCAAAUAUGAUAAAUUGGGCUGGAAUAUAUGUUAUGAUUUCAAUGAAUCUGAUUUCAAUGUUUGUCUUGAAAUAUUGAUAUCAUAUCUACUGAAAGCGCCACCUGGCGAUACCACUCGUGUGCCAUGGAAUAGUUUAAAAUACCUAAUUGGCGAAGUCAUGUAUGGCGGUCGUGUUAUUGAUGACUUUGAUAGACGUGUCACCAACACUUAUAUGAAUGAAUAUAUGGGUGAUUUUCUUUUCGAUAAAUUUCAACCAUUCCACUUUUACAGAGAUGAAAGUGUUGAUUACUUUAUACCAGAAGACGACAUCAUACUCAAGGAAGAUUACAUUGCACACAUUGAUGAAUUACCUCUGGUUAAUAGCCCAGACGUAUUCGGAUUGCAUCCUAAUGCCGAAAUUGGUUACUACACACAAGCGACUCGUACCAUUUGGUUCUAUCUUAUACAAUUGCAGCCCCAAACAGGUGAGGCUUCGGGUGGAAUUAGCAGAGACGACUUCAUAGAUAACGUUGCUGCGGAUAUACUUCACAAGCUGCCUCAAGCAUUUGAAGUUUGGCGCAUUAAAAAACAGCUUGCCAUGACUAUGACACCGACUGGAGUGGUUUUGGUACAAGAGUUGGAUCGCUUCAAUUUGCUUGUAUUGCGUAUGAAAAGAACAUUGGAUUUAUUAAGAAAGGCAAUUGCUGGUGAGAUUGGUAUGGACAAUGUACUCGAUAAUAUCGCAAAUUCGUUAUUCAAUGGCAUGUUGCCAGACAAUUGGCGAAAACUGGCGCCGGCUACGUGUAAGCAACUUGGCAGUUGGUUAGAACAUUUACAGAAUCGCAAUACUCAAUUUAAAUACUGGGCACUAUCAGGUGAGCCAAUGGUUAUGUGGCUUUCUGGUUUGCAUAUACCUCAAAGUUAUCUAACAGCAUUAGUUCAGAUUGCUUGUCGCAAAAAUGUUUGGCCAUUAGACAGAUCAACCUUAUAUACUUGUGUUACAAAUUAUACAGACCCAGAUGAUAUUGAAGAACGCCCAGCUACGGGCUGCUACAUAUCUGGACUUUACAUUGAAGGCGCUCGGUGGGAUAUGAAAAUCAAUGAAUUGGCGCGUUCGCAUCCCAAAAUUUUGGUGGAAGAAUUACCAAUUAUGUCAGUUGUGCCAAUAGAAGUUCACAGACUGAAAUUACAGAACACCUACCGUUCUCCAGUGUACACAACAUCCUUACGACGCAACGCUAUGGGUGUAGGUCUCGUGUUCGAAGCUGACCUAGCCACAUCGGAAGAUUUAAGUUUAUGGAUUUUACAAGGAGUUUGUUUAACAUUAAAUACUGACUGAAAAAUUUUUAAAAUGUUUAUUUUUUAACU